AUGAUAAUUGAUAACUCUAAACUCAAUAUUGGAGCAACAAAGACGUACCAAAUGUAUAAGAAGAAGGUUGGUGGUUAUGGAAAUGUUGGAGCAACUGUUGGCGACUUCAAAAACUUUGCACGGGAUGUUAGAGCAUACAUUGGAGAACAUGAUGCUGAUAUGUUUAUAAGCACCUUAAGUAGACAAAAGGAGAUGAAUAGUGGAUUUUUCUUUGACUAUGUAGCUAAUGCGAAAGAAGGUUUGCAUAGAGUGUUUUGGGCCGAUGCUUUGUGUAGGAGAAAUUACUUUGCUUUUGGAGAUGUUGUCUCGUUUGAUGCUACGUAUGGAACAAACAUGUACAACUUGGUAUUCUGCCCAUUUACAGGGAUUGACCAUCAUAAAAGGUCUGUGAUUUUUGGUGCUGCUUUGACAUCAAGAGAGAAUGACAAUUCUUUUGUGUGGGUUUUUGAAAAAUUCAAACAAGCUAUGGGCAAUAAGGAACCAAACUUUAUUAUCACUGACCAGGAUCCUGCAAUGAAGAAAGCUUUCCCAAAAGUAUUCAAUGAUGCACAACAAAAAUUCUGCAUGUGGCAUAUUAUGGGUAAACUUACUGACAAGGUGGGGAAAGAGAAAGACAUACAGAUUACAAACUCAACUGAUACAGAAGGGUUAGAAGAGUCAGAACCUAAUGACAUGGUGGGGAUAGCUGAACGCAAUAAAGAAAAAGAUUUCCUCAAGAAUAUAAAUGCUUGUGUUUGGGAUAAAGAAUUAGAGCCACAAGAGUUUGUUGAUAAGUGA